AUGAAGUCGUCCAUUUUCCUCUCAUCCGCCUUGUUCGCGUGGACACGCCAUGCAAAUGCUCAGUCUGCUCUCCGAGAACCCACCAACUUCACCUUGACAGGCCACAUCACGCCCGACCAGAUCUUCAGCUUCGUCUAUGUGCCCUUCAACGUUUCCGCCGAGGUGACCUCAAUCUACGUGCUGCAGAACUACUCGUUCAAGGGGGCGGGAAAUUCACUUGACCUGGGCGUCUUCGAUCCUCACGGGAUUGCCGCCAUCAACAGUGAGACUGGCUACUCCGGCUCGCGAGGCUGGUCAGGAGGGUUUCGGAACAACUUCACCAUCUCUGCGAGUGACGCCACGCCGGGAUAUAAUGCUGGACCGCUUCUCCCCGGGACAUGGAAUAUCGUGCUGGGGCCCUACGCAACCAACCGCUCAGGCAUUGACUGGGCGCUUGACAUCUCGCUCGGCUAUUCCCCUAACAGCUCACCGCUCUGGACUCCCUCGCUAGCUCCCAUCUACAAAGAACCCCUUCCCUCCACAACCCCUUGGGAAUGGCUUCGCGGCGAUUUUCACAUGCACACCAUCUACUCCGACGGCCGGUACCUACCAAACGAGCACAUCGCUCACGCUAUCUCGUACGAUCUCGAUUUCAUCUUCUUCUCCGAACACAACACCGACUCUGGGAACAACAACAUCGGCCACUGGAUCCUGGCCAACGCGUCGAAUCUUCUCAUUGGCCGGGCAAUUGAAGUUACCACGCGUCAUGGUCACUGGCAAGCGAUCGGACUCGAGGGGUCUCAGCAGGUCGAGUGGAGGUAUACCAACUCGUCCAAUGACAUGGGCUUCGUCGACGCGGCCACCCAAGUGCACGGUUCGGGAGGGCUGGUGUCAAUCAACCACCCGUUCCAGAAUUGCUCGAGGUGCGAUUGGACACUGGAUUGGGACCACAAUGACGCGAUAGAAGUUUGGAACGGUAGGUUUGACCCGCUAGACGAAGUCGCAGUCAAGUUCUGGCAGAGCGAGCUUGCCCAGGGGAAGAAGCUCACAGCGUUGGGCGGGAGUGAUGCGCACAGUUCGCCGGACAUCAACGGCUUGCCCACCACUGUUGUAAGGGCCACGGGAGAGAAGAGCCAGGCGAGCAUCGUCGAGGGCGUGAAGAGGGGCCGUGUGUAUUUAGUCGAGGGUCCUGGGAUGGACAUCGCCUUUGGAGUAGUUUACGGAGAUGGUGCUGGAAAGAAGAAGGCAGAGAUCGGAGACAUCGUCCCAAAGGCGGCCUUAGACGCUGGCGAUGCAUAUGCCAGCUUCUCUGCCACCGGGUUCGAGGGCGCGCAUGCUUGCUUCGUGUCUGAGAAGGGGUAUUUUCACAACGUGUCGAUCGUGAAUGCACAACGUAUCCUGCAGAACGUGGCUGGAAUGGACUUUGUCAUGGUCGAGGUCCGCAACACCUCCGAUGUAUUGCUCGGCCUGACUAACCCGAUCUAUUUCGAGUGA